AUGGAAACCGUCAAGAGCGCAGUAGGGCUCGGCAAGUCGAAGGAACAGGACGAGGAGCCAGUGAGCGGCGAGACUGGCACUGGCACGACAGCCGAACCGUAUGAUGCCGGCAACAGCAGUGAGGCACAAGAGGCCGCCAAAGAGAAGCCGGAACAGCAAGACAACGAGGACACCACAGGCCAGGACACGAGUGAAAGAAAGACUCAACUCGGCAGCAGCUGGCUGCAGUCAGCCAUACCAUUCAGCAACAAGAAGUCGAAAGACAGCUCGGACGAACAGACAUCAGCCGGCGCACCCAACGACACGCCAGACCAGCCCAAGGAAGCAGAAGACGAACCCAAUCGCCCACCAAACCACCUAGGCGUCAACGUCCCCGAAGGCCACAGUCUCGACUUCGCACCACCGCAACCAGAACAGCUCAGCCCAGCUGAAGCAAAGAAGCAGGAGAAAAUGCCCGAAGAAGAAAACAGUACCGUCGCCUCCGCCUCCGCCGAAGGCGCAGACGACACGCAACCAACCCCUCGCUCCCCCUCCUCCCCCUCCGCCAGCAAACCCUCGCCAGCCCAGCUGCGCGGCUCGCGCGCCUCCAUCGCCCCUCCACCGGGCAAACGCGUCUUCAAUCCAUCCGGCGAGAACCCCGGCCGCAUCCCCACGGCCGGCGGCAGAGUGCUCGGCGAAGCAGCCUCCGAAGACCGCAGACGCCGGAGCGUCUGGAGCAGCAGCAGCGAGACGAACACGAUGCCGCCGCUGGAUAAGCAGGGGAGCCCGGAUCCGGUGACGCAGAGUAACACCGUCUCCAACACGGUUCCGCAGAGUCCGAAUGGUGAGGGCAGCUCGAAGAGCGCCGUCGAUAGCGCUACCGCUGCGCCCCCGCCGGCGAAGGAGGGAAAGCCGGAGUUCAAUUUCGCUUGGGGUGAGGGUGGAGAGGGGGCGGCGGAGGGGAGUAAAGCCGGGACGUCGACGAAGACGGACGAUUCGUCCGCGACGCCUAGCAAGGCGGAGCAGGUGAAGGAGAGUACGACGAGCGGUGGUGGGAACAAUGAGACGCCGACGAAGGAGCGGAGGGCGAGUCGGUUUGGGAGGUUCAAGGAGAAGAUGGGGAUGAGCAAGUAG